AUAAGGACUUCCGGAGCAUUUUACAGCCACAGGAAGAAGAGGGCAACUGUUCGAAAGAUGGCGGCGCCCACACAGAAGAAUAACAAACCGGGGAAACCUGGAGGGAAAGAGGCUCAGCCUCUCAUUAUCGCCAAAACCCCGGCGGAGGAACAGCGUCUGAAACUGGAGAAGUUGAUGCGAAACCCAGAUAAGCUCGCUCCCAUCCCAGACCGACCCAAAGAAUGGAACCCGCGAGCUCCGCCCGAGUUCGUCCGGGACGUGAUGGGCUCCAGCGCCGGUGCAGGCAGCGGAGAGUUCCACGUUUAUCGCCACCUCCGCCGCAGAGAGUACCAGAGACAGGACUUUCUGGACAAGAUAUCAGAGAAGCAAACGAAGGACGAGGAGUACCUGGAAAAACUGGAGCAGAACAAACAGGCCGCCGAAGAGAGGACGGCGAAGCGGCGGAAGAAGCGAGAGAAGAUGAAGCAGAAGAAGCUCCUGGCGAAGAAAGCUAAACUUGAAACUAAAAGCAAGAAGGAGGGAGACGACAAGAGCUCCGAGAGCGAGGAGGAUGACGAAAGCAAGGAUGAAGAUGAUGAAGACGAAAGAGAAGCUGAGGAUGACGCAGAAGCGCCCAGCUUCAUCAUGGGGAAGAAAUGAACCCGUGAGACGUGGAAACUCCUUGCAGCUGGACACACCAGCGAUACUUAAAGCCUUUGAAAAUAGAAGAGAUGAUUUGGACCUUGUGGUGAGCAAACAGGAAGGUGGACCUGCUGCAAGGAUUAAAAACAUUUGUCUCAUUAGCAGAGACACUUGGACUGCCUGGUUUAGCAGGCAGGAGAAUCCACCGAGGGACGAUGUUUGAAAGAGAACUUGUUCAGUUAUUCAAUGUGUGUUCCAGGAUCACACGUGGAAGCCUUUGUUGUUGUUAUAUUUCAGUAUGAUUCAGGCUUAUCUGCAGUGAAAUCCAGCUUUGGUUUUAAGUUAGGAAUUUUAACAGGAUUUGGAAAUAAUCUAUAUUUCAAUGUGCUAAAUGUUUUGAAAUAAAACAGAAUAAUAAAAA